UCAGUCCUUAAGAAGGCGUUUGAGGCAUUCGACCACGAGAAAAAGGGUUGCAUCGGCACCGUGAUGGUGGGCACCAUCUUUGGCAUGCUGGGUCUUGGCGUCACCGACGAGACCUUAAAGGAGAUCAUUGAAGAAGUGGACGAAGAUGGAUCCGGCGAGUUGGAGUUUGAAGAGUUUGUAACCUUAGCGUCGAGGUUUAUGGUUGAAGAGGAUGCAGAAGCUAUGCAACAAGAACUUAAGGAAGCAUUCCGGUUGUACGACAAAGAAGGUAACGGCUAUAUCACGACAGGGGUGUUACGGGAGAUCCUCAGAGAGCUGGACGACAAGAUCAGCGCAGAGGAAUUGGACAUGAUGAUUGAGGAAAUUGACUCUGACGGCUCUGGCACAGUUGACUUUGAUGAAUUCAUGGAAGUUAUGACGGGAGGCGACGACUGAACGACCAUUUGCCCAAGUUUAUGUUAUAAUGAUAUUAAUUUUAUCUAUGUCUACUACACAAUAUGAAUUUAUUUAUACAUCGGAAGACCAAUUUGAUAUGAUUAGCAAAAAACUAUAAUGUAUUUAUUUAACUACUUGUAAGUUAUUUUAUAAGAAUUAAACAAUAUCCUAAGA